GGAGGAAAGGAAAUACAUGUCCCUGCUGCUGCAAUUAACUAAAACUGAUUCAUGGGAGAGUUUUUCAAUCUUCAGACUCGAAGGAGCUGUUGUUGACCAAUCCCUCUAUUCCUACACUCUCUUCCUACUUCUCUCCCUUGGAUUGCAAAUUAUUAUUAUUGUUAUUAUUGUUUUCCCAUUGAUUUGAGUUUCAAAGAUGUUAACAGUCAGACGCAUAACCAAAAUCAGGAGGACUCUUCCCACUACCUUCACCAUCAUCACCUCCGAAUCCAACAACAACAACAGCAACCCAUUCAUCCAUUCUGCAGCCACGGCAGCAACAACCACCGUUCACGGCGGCUGCGGCGACCACGAAUUGCGUGCCAAGGACGUUGUUAUUUCCUUCAAAGACUGGUUCGCCUCUCGAAACAACGCUCUGCUCGACCGGAUCUUCGAUAUCUUAGGCGGCGGAGGAGGACUUGACAUUGGCGGUGGCUGCGCUGCUGCUUCAGACGCCGCCUUCCCCUCCCGGAACUCCGCCGAUUUGGCUCUUUCCCAACUGGGUCUCCGCUUAUCCGAAGCAUUUGUUCUUGAGGUCUUGAAUUACGGCAAAGAUGUUCUCUCUUGCCUCAAGUUCUUCGAUUGGGCUGGUCGACAACCUGGGUUUUACCACACUCGCGCCACUUUCAAUGCCAUUUUCAAGAUUCUAUCCAGAGCCAAGCUCAUGUCUUUGAUGCUGGACUUCUUGGAGAACUAUAUGAAGCAGAGAUAUGUUCACAAGGUUCGAUUUUAUGACACUCUUGUAAUGGGUUAUGCUGUUGCUGGGAAACCUGAGGUUGCACUCCAACUGUUUGGUAGAAUGCGCUUUCAGGGUCUUGACUUGGAUGGCUUUGCUUACCAUGUGCUUUUGAAUGCUUUGGUGGAGGAGAAUUGUUUUGAUGCUGUUGAUGUGGUGGCUAACCAGAUUGAAAUCCGGGGAUUCAAGAGCGAGGUUACACAUUCUAUACUCGUUAAGAAUUUUUGCAAGAAAAAUCAAUUGGGUGAAGCUGAAUCGUAUCUUCGUGGAUUGAUGAGUGCUGGUAACGGAUUGAGUGGACAUUGUGUGAGUGUUUUUGUGGAUGCCCUUUGCAAGGGCAAUCAGUUUGAGAAGGCGGGUAAGUUGCUCGAGGAGUUUCGCCAGUCGGGUAUGGUGGAUGUGGAGCAUGCUUAUGGGGUGUGGAUUAGGGACCUUGUUCAAGCAGGGAAGAUAGACGGGGCUUUGGAAUUCUUGCAGAGUAAAAAAUCACUUGAAGGCUAUGUACCCGAAUUGUUUCGUUAUAACAUCUUGAUUUGCAGGCUUUUAAAAGAAAACCGGCUUGAGGAAGUCUGUGAUUUGCUGAUAGAGAUGAAGGAGCACCGAAUUUCACCUGAUGAGGUCACCAUGAACACUGCACUAUGCUUCUUUUGCAAGGCGGGUAUGGUGGAUGUUGCUCUCGAGUUGUACAAAUCGAGGUCUGAGUUCGGGCUCUCCCCAAGUAGCAUGGCUUACAACUAUCUAAUCAAUACUCUGUGUGGAGAUGGGAGCAUUGAUGAAGCUUAUUGUGUUCUGAAGAAUUCAGUUAACCAAGGUUAUUUUCCUGGUAGAAAAACCUUUUCGAUCCUUGCUGAUGCCUUGUGCAGGGAGGGAAAGUUUGAUAAGAUGAAGGAGCUAGUUGUUGUUGCUCUAGAGCGAAAUUUCAUGCCAAGUGAUUCAACAUAUGAUAAGUUUAUAUCAGCUCUGUGUAGAGCUAGGAGAGUGGAAGACGGUUAUUUGAUACAUGGGGAGCUCAACAGAUUAAAUAAAGUUGCUAGUAAAAAUACUUACAUAAACAUGAUACAUGGUUUCAACAGGUCCAAUAGGGGUGAUAUUGCUGCUAGGCUACUCAUAGAAAUGCAAGAAAAGGGUCACAAUCCUAUUCGGAAAUUGUUCAGAACAGUGAUUCGUUGUUUAUGUGAUCUGGAAAAUUCAGAAAAGCAAUUUCUCAAAUUGCUGGAGAUGCAAUUGUCUCAUCAUGAGCCCACCUGUCAAGUUUACAAUUUCUUCAUUGAUGGAGCUGGACAUGCCGGAAAACCGGAGUUGGCUAGAGAAGUAUUCGAGAUCAUGGUGAGAAGUGGUAUAGAGCCCAAUUUGAGUUCUGACAUUCUGAUGUUGCAGAGUUAUAUAAAGAGCGGAAAGAUUUCUGAUGCUUUAAAUUUCUUUCGUGACUUGUCCAAGAGAAGAAAGAUUGGGAAAAAAUUGUACAACACCAUGAUUGUUGGUCUUUGCAAAGCCAACAAACCAGACAUUGCAUUGGAGAUCCUGAGAGAAAUGAGGGAGAACAAAGUGAUACCAAGUCUCGAGUGUUAUGAGGAGCUUGUAAAGUUACUGUGCUCAAAUAAGAAAUAUAAUAUGGUGGUAAAUCUUCUUGAUGACGUGAUAAAAGAUGGCCGACAUAUUUCAUCCUUUAUGGGUAACGUACUUCUAUUGCAUUCACUGAAGAGUCAAGAUCUUUAUCAGGCUUGGGUUCAUUCAAGAGAUGUGCAAAAUGAGACAUCAUCUCUUCGGAUGCUUCACCAGCUAAUUGGUGCAUUCUCUAGUCGGAGAAUGGAGCAAGAUGUUAAGGACUUGGAAGAAGUGAUUGAACAAUGCUUCCCACUUGAUAUCUACACAUACAAUAUGUUGCUGAGAAAACUAAGCAUGAACCAAAUGGACCAUGCUUGUGAGUUCCUCAAUAGGAUAUGUUGGAAAGGUUAUGAGCCCAAUAGAUGGACUUAUGACAUCUUAGUGCAUGGAUUUUUCAAACAAGGUAGGACAACCGAGGCUAAAAGAUGGGUGGAAGAGAUGUUUCGGAAAGGGUUUGAUCCAACUGAACGUACCAAAUUAUUCAUGUAACGGAUGGCUAUGUAUACAAAAAUAGGAAUAAUUUUUCCAAUGAUGGAAAGGAGAGUCAGAAUGAAAGUUUUGCAUCUUUGUUGAUUUACAUGUGUAGUUUGAUGGAGUUGAGAGGAUUUUGAGGAAUAGGAAGUUUGGAAUCUGAUAUGAACAAAGGAAAGAGAUACCAUUUCAGGUUGAAAUGAUUUAUCCUGAAGAAAUGGGACCAAAUAUGAUGCAUGUUGAAGAUUUUUUAGAGAACGGCCUUCCACUGCUUGUUGAAGACAUCCAAGAGAGGGUUGAAAAUGCUUCUUCAAACAUUUGCGAAAUUGAGGAUUUGAGGUAUGAACAUGGAAGUGGGAUAUCUUAUUAGCAAUAAAAUUGAGGUCUCCAAAUAUGUUGAGUUUGGGGAGAUGAAGCACCAUGGGGCUAAAGGCUAAGGAUUUGCAUUAACAUGAACACCAUCCAACCUCAUAGCAGCAGAGUGAGAAUUUUGUUGGCAGUGCCGGGGAGUGGGAGUAGGGGGGUGGGGGGAGAGGAGGGGUGGGCCAAGCUGUGUGAUCUAGACUUAAAUAUGAACAUUUGGUAUUGUGGCGCAUAUUGAGAAGGAAUGUGAGAUUAGUGUGGAUGAUGAUGAGGCUACAAGGGGGAGGCACAUGCAGUAUGGGCCAUGGAUGCGCUUCAUUAAUUAGAAGCCUCAAGCUUUCCACGUAAAGUGGUUGACUUGAAGGGUGAUAUCUCUGGUGAUAAGAGUGCUGCUGAUCAUGGUCCUUAGAUGGCUGCUGAUAAUGUGAACACUCUGCAUUUUGGACAGAUUGGUAUGCCUGAAGACCAGCCUUUCCCACCAGCUGAGGGGUGACAGGUAGCUCCAACAAAUGAAGACGACUAAUUUGGACACAGAACUUCUCCGGAAUAGGGGAGGAGGAAGGAGGCGUGGCACCACAAAUUACGGGAGGUUACCAGUCCUCAUUCUGCUAAAUCUUAUAUUGUGGCUAACAUUGGGGAAACUGCUUUUGGGACCUUAGUUUUGAAUAGUCAACCUAGCGGGAGCUCUUCUAAGAUUGGGGCUAAUGUAGAUGGAGGUAUCCGUUAGAGAAGUGAGUCCAAUGGCAGGGUGUCCUAAGGCGUUCUCUUCUCGAGAGGUCAGCGUAUGUGGAAUGGUGGGGCUUAAGUAAAAGCUAGGGUUGGGAGAUGGAAGAAGAUAGUUAAUGAUUUUUAGGGGAAAGGUAUGCGGAUUGAUGAGGUGAUGGGUGCUCAGAGGAAGUUGGUUACUGAAUAUGGGAAGGAACGGAUGGGAAUUGAUGAAGGUCCAUUGGAGAAGCAGCCAUUUCACAUGGAGCAAUGUUGUAGAGGGGAUGAUCUCAAUUCAGUGGCAUUGGCUGCCCAGCAUCCUUCUGAGAGCCAUGAUCAUUGUGUGAAAUUGUCAGGGGCUUGGGAACCUUUCAGACAGUUUGGAAUCUUCAUCUUUUGCUGAAGUCUCAAGAUCUGAAGCUGCUUUCCUUUGUGAAACCAACUUCGCAAAGUAUUUAACAGAGGGGCUGAUGAUUUGAUUGGGAAUUGAUAGUGGCUUGUGGGUGGAAAGACUGCGAUUGUUUGGUGGUCUGGCUUAUUGUGAAAGAAUGUUAAGCUUUUGGUGUAGAGGGCAUAUUGAUGCGGUGGUGGAGGACGAUGGUGAUUCGUGAGAGAGGAACUUGGUGUUUACAGGUUUCUUCGCUAAUCCAUGUUUGAUCGCCCAUAGUCCCAAAAGCUUAAGUAGUUAGGAAAUGGAUACAACAAUGCAUAUCAAGCUUUCCAACACCCUCCAUCACAUGGCAUCCCAUUUUGUACAUGGUGAUGCAAACAUUCAAACAUGUAGAGAAACAAAAUGCAAACAGAAAAACAAAUGUAAAAGGAGAGAUUUGAACCCGAAGCCCCUCCAUGUUGGAUCACCCCUAGUCCCAAAAGUUUAAGAUAUUAGUAAAGGAGCCCAACAAUGCAUAUCAAACUUUCCAACAAUCCAGUGGUCUCCAAAUGUAAGAAUUCCUUAAAAUUGCUUCGAUGUUUGGCAGCUCACUGUAAUUUGCCUUGGCCUUGUGCUGGAGAUUUUGAAUGAAAUUUUGGAUAACUGUGAACGACAAGGGAGGGAAGAAUGGAGUAGCUAGCAGAUGGAACCUUUCAAGAGUGCCUUUUUUUAACUGCAACUGGACCAGGUGUUACUAAUGAUGAAUGGACACACAAAUUUUCUGUGUCUGGGGGCACAGCUUCUGGCUGGUAUGUCUUCUGAUCAUCUCCAUUGGUAUCAGGUGUUGCAAAGGCUCUACAGGUUUGAAACCAUAUGGCUUAGGUAUGGACAAUGUCAAGGGCUUGUUGCUGAGGCAUCGUGGCUGGAACUUCUGGGAGUCGAGUAUAGCAUGGAUUAAAGACAAAAUUGUAAGGACUGGCGCUGCUGUCAACGCAUGGAAUUGGAGGACCCUUGGGCAUGUGCAGAAGCAAAUUAAGAACAAACUGUAUGCUUUAUGAUUUGAUUGCUGCUGGGCUCGAUGAAGGGUGAACAGAUUUUAUGAUGGCAGGCACUGCAGAAACGUGCGGACAAGACUUGGAAGUACCAGAGAUUAUGUUGAAGUCAACAGAUUGCUCACCGGUGGAUCUAGUUGAUACAGGGGACCAUGCGGCCGAAAUAUUCAAUCCAGGUGCUGUAAUAUCAGGCUGCAAUAGAAAUUUGUAAUUGUCAAAUAGAACUUUACGCAGUUCAAUCUUCAAUUUAAUGAAUUCACCGCCAAAAUGAAAAAUAGUGAAAUUGCUCUUUCUGUUUUUGUGGGUAUUGAGGCUGAAGCUUAAAAUUUUUGUUGAACCCAUUUUUAAGUUUUAGUAAAACAUACUUUCAUAAUGUCGGGAUUAAUCAUAUUCGGUCCCAUUGAGAACACAGCCAGCAGUGGUGCAGGUUUGGCGAACAAAACUGUAGAUGUCGGCUUUAUUAUAGCAAUUGGGUUCCUGUAAUAACAGAGUAUUUUGAAAAUAAAUUAGAAUAAUGUUGUUCUUUUGGAUU